AUGAGGUGGAUAUCAUAUAAAAAUAUUGAAUUCUAAAUUAACAAUUAAAUAGGCUUGUAAUUAAAUAAGAGGAUGAACCCGAUUAAGAAAUUACAUCUGAUAAGUCUAAAUUAUAAAAUUGAAAGAGAAAUUUAAAUAAAAAAAGUAAAGAACAUUCUACCAAAAUAAGCUAAUAAAAGAGAAACAACUAAAAAAUUUCAAAGGAGGGUAAGUUUGAUGAAUUCGAAAAAUAAAUGCUAAUAUAUUUGAAGGGAUUUUUUGGA